CCAAAAUCCAAAGCCCUAAAGGAAAGAAUCUUCAGUUCUUCUCUCGCAAGCGAACCAAAAAAACGAAGAAACCUCUUCGCACCAAUCCUACAAGGAACGAAAUCCCACACCAGAAGUUGAAACCGAAGGAAACGAAAGAGAAGCAGAAGAUAAAAGGAAGAAAAUGGACGAAACCAGAGAAAUCCCUCCGAAGCACGAUCUGAAUGCGAAGUGGGAGGCCUGUCUCGAUUUGGGCGUGCGCCGAUUCGUCUACUCCUCCCUGGCCGGCGCUUUCAGCGGUCUCCUUCUCUUCAGGAGUCCUGUAACACGCUGGGCAUCGGUGGCUUUUGGUGCUGGAGUGGGUAUUGGUUCUGCAUACACAGAGUGCUCCUACAAAUUUGAUGGAUCUCCUGCAAAGUUGGCCACCCCAAAGACUUCAGAUCCUCCACUGACGGAUGGACAAGAUUGAGAUGAGAGAUUAAAGGAAGCUGCCCACCCCCACCCCCCAAGUUUUUGGGUUCUAAAAUCAGAGUUUUUAUAAGUUGAUAUUGUUGUUGCCUUUUCCUCUCUCGGAUUACAUCGCCAAGAUUGUUAUGGAUGAAGUAUUUAACCGCCUGUAUUGGAAACUUUCUGUUCUCUUUAUGUUCUCUUUGCUGUGUUACUUUGACAGAAAAAGGGAGGGAAAAAAAUGAGAAGAAAAUAAUGCAUUUUAGUGCACCAUCAGACCAAAAUGUUAUCUGAAGGUAGUGCAGAUUUGAAUUUUGGUAACUUAAAGUAUGGAGACCUUUGCUUAUUUUAA